GGCAGGUCGAGGCAGCUCCGAAGCCUGGGGCGAUUCGGAGCCCCUCCUUUUGUUUUUUGAGUGGGGUAGUAAAUUUUCUUUCCCCCUCGAGCUUCCCUCGACUUUUGCCCCGCAGUGCUCGUCCGGAGACCUGUUUAUCUGCGUUAAACCUCGUCACCCUUUCUCAGCCGUCUACACCGUUGCCCUGCCGCAAUACUCCAAUCUCCGACAAAGCCAAUUGAUUCAGUCGCAACACCUUCACAAUGGCUACUGACGGCACCGGUGGCACAUCCUACGCCCUCUCAGAGGAGCACAAGGCGGUGCGAACCAUCCUUACCCCUCAUCCCGCGUUCACCUCCGAUCGCUCUAUCUCGGCGAUUUGACUGACUCACCGCCUACAGAUGCUCGAGAAGUCGUUGAUCGAUUCUGACCCCGAGGUUGCCGAUAUUAUGAAACACGAGAUUCAACGCCAGCGGGAGUCUAUCAUCCUCAUUGCCUCCGAAAACGUUACCUCCCGCGCUGUCUUCGAUGCUCUUGGCUCGCCCAUGUCCAACAAGUACUCGGAGGGCUAUCCUGGUGCUCGCUACUAUGGCGGAAAUCAGCACAUCGAUCAGAUCGAGCUCUUGUGCCAGAGGCGCGCUCUCGAGGCCUUCCAUCUUGAUCCAGCCAAGUGGGGUGUCAAUGUUCAGUGUCUGAGUGGUAGCCCUGCAAACCUUCAGGUUUAUCAGGCCAUUAUGCCUCCCCACGGCAGACUCAUGGGCUUGGAUCUCCCCCACGGCGGCCAUCUCAGCCAUGGCUACCAGACUCCUCAGCGGAAGAUCUCAGCCGUCUCCACCUACUUCGAGACCAUGCCGUACCGUGUCGACCUCGACACUGGCAUUAUUGACUACGACCAGCUUGAGAAGAACGCCCAGCUCUUCCGCCCUAAGAUUCUUGUCGCUGGCACUUCGGCCUAUUGCCGCCUGAUCGACUAUGAGCGCAUGCGCAAGAUUGCCGACUCGGUUGGCGCCUAUCUUGUUGUAGACAUUGCCCACAUUUCUGGUCUUGUUGCCGCUGAGGUCAUCCCCACGCCAUUCCUUUAUGCCGAUGUUGUCACCACCACCACCCACAAGUCUCUUCGUGGCCCUCGCGGCGCCAUGAUCUUCUUCCGCAAGGGAGUCCGCUCCACAGACAAGACGGGCAAGGAGACACUGUACGACCUAGAGGACAAAAUCAACUUCUCCGUUUUCCCUGGCCACCAAGGCGGCCCACACAACCACACCAUCACUGCGCUUGCUGUGGCACUUAAGCAGGCCGCAACCCCCGAAUUCAAGGCCUACCAAGAGAAGGUAGUCGCCAACGCGAAGGCGCUUGAGGUCAAGUUCAAGGAGCUUGGAUACAAGCUUGUGUCUGACGGUACCGACUCUCAUAUGGUGCUCCUUGACCUGCGCCCCCAGGCUCUCGACGGCGCCCGUGUAGAGGCUGUUCUCGAGCAGAUCAACAUUGCUUGCAACAAGAACAGCAUUCCGGGCGACAAGAGCGCUCUCUCGCCAUGUGGCCUGCGCAUUGGAACCCCCGCCAUGACCAGCCGUGGAUUUGGGGAACCCGAUUUCGAGAAGGUGGCCCAGUACAUCGAUGAGAGCAUCAAGAUUUGCAAGCAGGUCCAGGCAGAACUGCCCAAGGAGGCUAACAAACUCAAGGAUUUCCGAUUCAAGGUUGCAGGUGGCGAGGUGCCCCGCAUCAACGAGCUCAGGAAGGAGAUUGCUUCGUGGUCUCAAACUUUCCCCCUCCCCGUCGAGGGCUGGAGGACCGAUGCUGGUCUCUGAGAGGGUUGAGAUUGAGUGGGGGCCAUACAGAGGUCUUACUCGGGCAUUUACGGAUGCCGUGUCAUUAAUGGGUUGUGUUUCAACAAUAGGUGUGUGGGC